AUGCAAUUCUCCACCAUUACCUUCCCCCUCCUCGCCCUCUUCCUCACUAACACCCUCGCCAUGCCCUCCAGCCCUAACCCAAACACUAACCCCCUCGAAACUCGCUCAAACGAUUGCGCCACCUCCUGCUCUUGCGGCACCGUCGUUCCCGCCCCUAAAGGAUUCAAUGUAGUCGGGAAAACCAAAUGUCGCUGCUACGGACAAGUCGGAGAUUGCGACUUGCUUUUGGGUGAAACUGUUGAUUAUAAGCAAUUGCUUAUUUGCGGUCAAGAUGGUUCAGGAUGUGUUUGGGUUUAA